GCCGCCAAAAGUGUGUUGCUCGGAAAAUCGUUUUUGCCGAAGCAAAAAUGCCAAAGGUCAAAAGAAAGAAAAAAAUAUGUUCAGAGAAGCUAGAGCCAGGAAGGGGCCGGUUGUUUUUGGAGGAAAACUUCAGUCAGCUGCCAUCUACACAUGAUCAACUAAAGAAUGGUCAUCUGCUGUUACUUUAUCAUGUCUGCGACAAGUCUCCAGCCCAAACUGUGAAAGCUAUCCAAAACAUGCUCCACAGUACACUCAACCCCCAUCACAUAAACCAAUUGGCAAAGAGAGUGCAGAAAUAUGAGCACCACCUCACUCGUCAGUCAGACAUGGACAACUACACAAAGAUAUGCCUUGAAGAUUUUGUAAAAUUCACAGCAGUCCCUGACAUGUCUGAUGUUCAAGCCGAUGUAGUGAUGUCUGAUGAUCCCAGUCCUACUACGCCUUCCACUGAGUGUUCUUAUCAAGAAAGAAGCCUUUCUUCCAUCACUGAUGUUGUUCCCAGCCCAGCCUUAGGACCCUUUGAUCUGAACAAUAGUCAGCCUCCCCAUGGUGUUGAUAUGCAUGAUGACCCAAGUCCGCCUUCCACUGGAGAUGUUGGACCAUUACACGCACCAGAUGUUCAAUCAACAUCAAGUGAAAGUCCAACAGCCCUGAUGAAAACAACAAAGUCCAAGGUCCCAGGCACCCCUGACACACCACUAUCUAUUCGUUCCUUACAGCGAAAGGGUUUGUUGACACCAAGGAAACUUAAGAUGCAACAGGCAUUAGCUUUUGUUGCAAGACAAAGAGCUGAUAUGAAGCAAAAUUACUUGAACAAAGUGAAAAAAUUAAGAGCUAAAUUGAAGGCAUCAGCACUACAGGUUGUACGAGUAAAACAUCUCAGACAACUUCUGAAACGGAAAGAUGCAUCAUUAGCAAAAAAAGGCUUAAAAAUUGCCGAAAUUCAUUCCAGAUACUCCAAACUAGCCAUAGUGAAGGAACUUUGUGAUGUUAAAGGACAACUAACAAAAUUACAAAAAAUGCACAAACGUUUAAAACAACACAAUAAAACCCGAAGGAGGACAAUUUGGGCACAAGGACUAAAUCACGGACAAGAUGCUACCAUUGUUGAUUUGCAGGGCAAGCUCAGAGAAAAAAAUGAUGCUAUCUGCCAGCUGCAAUGUGACAAUAUGUGGUUACAGGAUACAGUUAAUGAUCGGCAGCGUGACUCAAAAUUAAAAAAGGAGGAGAAGCAGUAUCCCACAGAAAUGAGGAUGCUUGUUUAUGAAGCAAUAGUAAAUAAUCUUCCUACAAAAAACAUCCCCAUUUUAAUUUCUCAGUUUGCAAAGCGCACUGGUGUUGAUAUCGGAGAUGUCCCACAUAGGAGCACAGUGGAAAUGAUGUGCCGUGAACUUGGCACAAUUUCAGAUUUUCAAGUGGCUGAGCAUAUGCUAGAGAACAAGGAUAUGACAUUAGGUUUUGAUGCAACAACUCAGGAGGGUGUACACGUCAAUUCAAUACAUGUAACUUCAUCUGACAAGUGCCACAUUAUUGCAGUUGAUCCAUUGGCUGGGGGAACUGCAGAGGACUAUGAAGUGCACAUUAAUCAGUCUGUAGACAAUCUAGUUGGGGUAUAUUGUGCUUUUCACAAAGCUGAGAAAAUAAAGGACAACACCGUAGACUUUCCAACGGUAAGGUCAGAAAUAACUGCAUCUGUUUCAAAUACUAUGACAGACAGGGCAGCUGUUAACCAUGCCACUAUUGAACGAUUAGAGAAUUCCUGGGGGAAAAAAAUUAAUGAAUUAAAUUGCCACCUACAUCCACUAGAAACUAUUGCUACUGAAUGUCGCAAAGCAUUGAAGCAGAAGGAACCAUGUAACAAUGUGAAGAAGAUGUUGGGUUCAGAUUGCAUGGCUAAUGAUUUAGUGCUUGGCUUGAAUAAAUUCAGGUACAAAGAUGCAGCAGGGGACCCAAAAGGAUUUGUGCUUGCAUUGUCUAAUGCCAAACUGCCUCGAGGUUUGCUGCCAAGAUACAGAGGAAACAGACUCCAUGUUAUGUUCCUGAUCUGUGAACGGCUUCAUGAACACAGAGAAUUCUUUGUGAAAUUUCUUAACGGACAAACAUUUUCAUGCAACAGGCUCAGAGGUGCCCUCCAACAUGAUUUUCAAAGUCCUGUUGCCAUGGUGGAAAUUCAGGUGCUUGGUCUUUUGGGGAAAGUGCUGUCUGGGCCUUGGAUGUCCAGAUUUUACAAGGGCGCAGCCUCUGAAAUCAGUCACAUUGAAGGUUUAGUCAUGGUAAAGGAUGUUCUAGACAGGUUAGAGGUAUUUUCAUAACAUCCUCAACAAAUUCUCUCUGUGACACAUGAUAUGUUUGGUGCUGAGCUGUCCAGAAGUCCAGAUCUUGAGGCUCUUCUGGUGGAACCUGUGGACAGAGAUCUUUUUCUGUCAAUGAUGGAAGGAUGUAUAAAUGCAGUCCACAAUGUCCUCACAAGGCAGUACAAGAGGUACUUUAACAUGGAUGUAAAUGAUCAGCUAAAAAAGGAGACAGGAAGUGCUCGUUUACAUAGCAUUGAUGCAGAGCAAGUGAUGGGCAUGUUUUCUGCUCUGAAGGACAAGGCACCAAAUGCCACCUUGUGCUUCAUCUCCUGCAAGAUUCGUGCUCAGAAAAAUAAAGUACUGGAUUACCUGGAUGAAUUGACAUCUGAAAAAAGAGAAAAACUGAUUAAAGUUGCCAUAACAAAUGCAAAGAAACAGAGGCAACGGAGAAGAAAGAACUGUGCUGAAAUUCAAGACGAAGUAAUGAAGAGACUUGCAGCUAAACAGCAGCAAAGACUGGAAAGUGACAGGAAGAAGCUGGAGGCAAAACUGAAGAAGCCAGACUUUGAUUUGAGCAUUGAGUUCCCUGAGAUGGAUGAAGACUGCAGGUUCAGUGUUGAUGAAAUUAUAGGAGGAAAGGUUGUGGGCAGAAGGAUAUGCCACAUCUGGUUUGACAAGGACACAAAAAGUGAAACCAUGUAUUAUGGGCAAAUUGAUGCAUAUCUGAAGAAACAAGGAGGCACAUACGUUAUUGGCUAUUGGCUUGAAGGACAAAAUUAUGAGGAUGAUGCCACCGAUUAUGAAAUUUCUAAAUAUCAACUUGUAUCCGAUUUGAUUCUGAAA